AUGGUGCUGAGCACGGAAGAGCCGCUCCACCUUCCCCGUGCCUCUCUCAACCUUGUAACGGCACCCGGAGCACCAUCUCGUCGUCGUCAAGCAAAGCGGAGCGAGGGCUACAGCUCGUGGUGGCCCAUCGUUGGUGGGCCGUCGCUUGCUUUCGAGCCGGGUCCCUGCAGCUCUGGCCAGGCUUCCAAGAUCGCUCCUCGAUCCAACAAGGAGAGACGCAAAGACGCAGAUGCCAAAGAGUUCUCUCAUACGCUACAAUUGCCAAGCACUCCGUUCGGAAUCCGCGCAAAUGCUGCUCAGCGCGACCAUCUCUUCUAUGACAGAACGUGUGGCGAGCUCUACGCAUGGCAGAGGGCCAGGCUCGACUCGACUGGCGAUUUCGUCUUCCACGAUGGUCCGCCAUAUGCCAACGGUCACCUCCACUGCGGACACGCUCUCAACAAGAUCCUCAAAGACAUCACAAAUAGAUACCAAGUGCUCCGCCGAAAGCGCGUCCACUUUAUGCCAGGCUGGGACUGCCACGGCCUCCCCAUCGAGGCCAAGGCGCUCGCCAACGUCAGUCCCCAAGAAAGACCAAACUGGACGCCAAAGGACAUUCGCACACGCGCACGUCAGGAGGCGAUCAAAGCCAUCGAGACGCAGAAGCAAGAAUUCCGCACAUUCGGCAUCAUGGCCGAUUGGAGCAACACCUCCACCUACAGGACGCUCGACCCCGCCUACGAAGCGCGUCAGCUCCGCGUCUUUGGCGAAAUGGUGCGCAAAGGUCUCAUCUAUCGCCAGUAUCGCCCCGUAUACUGGUCACCCUCCAAUCGCACAGCACUCGCAGAGUCGGAGCUCGAAUACCGCGACGACCACACCAGCAAGGCCGUCUAUGUCGCCUUUGAUCUCAUCGCCGGCCCCACGCUUCUCGAAAAGCUGGGUCCGCACGCCGAUCACGCCCGUCAGCUCAAGCCGAUCAUUUGGACCACAACGCCAUGGUCGCUCCCUUCCAACAUGGCCAUCAAUGUCAAUCCUGACCUCGAGUACAGCAUCGUUCGUCGGACCGACAGUCAAGGACCCUGCUACCUCAUCGGUUCCGACAGGAUCGAAGCGUUGGAAUCUCUUCCAGUCGACCACUCGCCCGAUCAUGACGGCGACUCGCAGCCUUUCGGGCCAGUGGAGGAAGUCGCUCGCAUCCGAGGCACAGAUCUUGCCGACAGCACCUAUCGAUCGCCCCUCUCUUCAUCCGAUUCCGCCGCUCGACCGAUCCUCAUGGCUGACUACGUGACGGCACUUUCGGGCACGGGCCUCGUCCAUUCAGCUCCAGCCCACGGCGCAGAGGACUACCAGAUCUGGAAACAACAGGGUCGACUGCAGACAGAUGGCAUCUUCUCCCCUGUCAAUGAUGAAGGCUGCUACUCUGCCGAAAUCCUGCAGCUGGAUGCCUCCGAGUCGUCAGAGUCGAGAGGUGACACCUCCAUUGGGCGGCGGUUGAUGGGCAAGGAGGUGCUCGGCGAAGGUGCUCAGGAGAUCAUCGGCAUCCUCAAGGAACGGGAUGCGCUCGUGUGUGCUCACACGCUGCGCCACAAGUACCCAUGCGACUGGAGAUCCAAGCAGCCCGUAAUCGUGCGAGCCACGGCGCAAUGGUUCGCCAAUCUGGACCGCAUCAAGCAGCAGGCCAUCGAUGCGUUGCGCGACGUCGUAUUCGUCCCUGCCAACUCGCGUGCGCGACUCGAGGCCUUCAUCACGGGACGCUCGGAAUGGUGCAUCUCACGCCAACGCGUCUGGGGUGUGCCCAUCCCGGUCCUGUACGAUGUCGCCACCGACGAGCCGCUGAUGACGGUGGAAAACAUCGAGCACAUCGCGUCGGUGCUCGAAAGCAAGGGAACCGACUACUGGUGGCAGGCGGAUGCCCAGGAAUUCGUUGCUCCUCAGUAUCGCGACGAAAAGCGAUCCUGGCGCAAGGGCGAGGACACGGUGGAUGUUUGGUUCGACAGCGGCACAUCAUGGGCCACCUUGAAGGAUGAGCUCGCGCUGCAAUCCCUGGAAAAGAGCUCAUCGGGCCCAUCCAGCAUCGCCGACGUCUACCUGGAAGGCUCAGACCAGCAUCGUGGCUGGUUUCAGUCGUCGCUCAUCACAGCCGUUGCCACGACGCCCGAGGGACAAACGCCCGUUGCGCCGUACAAGACGGUGGUCACGCACGGAUACGUGCUGGACAACGAGAGCCGCAAGAUGAGCAAGAGUCUCGGCAACGUCGUCUCGCCCUUGACCAUCAUCAAAGGCGGCAAGGGCGCCAGUCAGCCGGCCUACGGCAUUGAUGUGCUGCGACUGUGGGUGGCGCGAAGCGACUAUACCACGGAUCCACCCAUCGGCGACACGAUCAUCGCAAAGACGGCCGAGACGCUGCGGAAGCUACGAAACACGUCGCGAUUCAUGCUGGCGAAUCUGCCAUCGGGGCAGACGGUUGCCCCGCUGGAGAGAUCGCAGAUGAGACUGCUCGACCGGUUCGUGAUGCACGAACUGUACUCGCUGGAGCGAGCGUGCGCUGCAGCGUACGAAGCGUAUGACUUUGCGCAGGUGGUGAGGCGGCUCACGGAAUUCGCCAAUGCGAUCUUGUCGAACCUGUAUCUGGAUGUGGGCAAGGACUGCCUGUAUCUGGAUGCGGUGGACGACCCACGCCGUCAGACCAUGGUGAGCGUGAUUGACGCCAUUCUGCGAACCAUGACGGGGAUCAUGGCUCCGAUCACGCCGUUCCUGAGCGAAGAAAUCCAUCACUUCCGCAACGGUGCAAGCAGCGAUCCUGUGAAGGACAGCAAGGAGGCUCCCUCGGUCUUUGCAGCCGGUUGGCCGACGCUGGACGCUCAAUGGAACGACACGACUACGGCCGGCCAUUGCCAUGAGCUGCUGAAGCUGCGCGAUACCAGCCUGGUCAUGAUCGAAGAGGCGCGACAAAGUGCGGGCAUCAAGACCUCGUUUGAAGUCGAGAUCGAUCUGAUCGUUACCGAGGAUCAGUCGCAGGUCUCGACGAUCUUGCAAGCUCACGAGUCGGAACUCACCGAGCUUUUCAAUGUGGCCCGAGUGAACCUGCUGCGCCAAGGUUGUGCCGGAGAGGCCGACGCUGAGGCAGCCCUUCUUUCACGCACUCUGGACUCGGGCUUCGACCAUUCCAACCUGUUCACCGGGCCGGUAUGGAAAGGGCUCGAGUACAUGACAGGACCAAGCUCGCUCGCCCAGAUCUGCGCCGAGCAUGCCGACCGAGCCCAGGAUCCCCGCGAUCGACCUCAGGCAGGUGCUUCACUACCUCCAUCUCUUCUGUACAGAGCAACCGGAUCUGAAUUGGACCGAAGAGACAUCUACGAGACCGCCAUGGAAUCCUCGGCUCGACAGAGGCGUCGAUGGCUUCCGCAUUGA